UUUGUUUUGACGGAUGAGCCCUCGUUGAUCGUGGGCGGAGCUCUGCUCUGGAUCUGUUGCUUGCACACUUCGCUAACGUUGCACGGUGAUAAUCACCGUCUGUAACCGCCUGACAGUCGCUCCCAGGUGAAUGACGGUGUCUGCAGUGCGGGUGUUUGUGUGAAAUCACCGCACACCUCACCUGCACCGCGCAGAGCAGGAGGUGGCCGGGCAGAAACCCGCUCCUGUCCCGGAUGGAGCGAGUCGGUCACAAGUGAAGAGUUGGGAAACUUUCAAAGUUGCCCAAAAAAAAAAAAAAAAUCACUAACUCUGGUCAAUAUUUACAGAAGCAGGUUAGUGAUUAACUGUCCCCGGGUGCAGCAGCUGCAGACAGUCCCAGCAGACCAACAGACAGACGGACAGUUACCCUCACUCUGCCCGCUUCACCAUGCUGUGCGCUCGGGUCUGGAGAGGUCUGAGUCCCCUGUGCGGAGGAGGCCACCUGACAGCAUGGAGACGAACCCAGAGCCACACCGCUGCUGCUGCCGCCAGGCUGGACCUGAGCGGGAUCUACCCGCCCAUUGCCACCCCGUUCACCGCCAAGGAGGACGUGGACUACCGCAGACUGGAGGAAAACCUGCAGAAAUACAACAAGAUACCAUUUAAAGGUCUGGUGGUUCAGGGCUCCAACGGGGAGUAUCCGUACCUGACGGAGGAGGAGCGGGUGGAGGUGGUGAGGACGGUCAGACGCUCCCUCCCGGCGGGCAAAGUGCUGAUGGCCGGAUCAGGCUGUGAAUCCACCGGAGCCACAGUCCAGCUCACAGAGAAGAUGGCGGCGGUUGGAGCUGACGCCGUCCUGGUGGUCACUCCCUGCUUUUACAAGGGCAAGAUGGACAGCCGCGCUCUCAUCCAGCACUUUACCAAGGUGGCGGACUGCAGUCCGGUGCCGGUGGUCCUGUACAGCGUCCCCGCCAACACUGGGCUGGAGCUGCCGCUGGACGCUGUGGUGCAGCUGUCUCAGCAUCCGAACAUCGUUGGCCUUAAAGACAGCGGAGGAGACAUCACACGGAUCGGCCUGACUGUUCACAAAACCAAAACACAGGAUUUCCAGGUGUUGGCGGGCUCUGCGGGGUUUCUCAUGGCCGCCUAUUGUGUGGGUGCAGUCGGCGGCGUGUGCGCGCUGGCUAACGUGCUGGGCCGGGAGCUGUGUGAGCUGGAGCGUCUGUGUGUGUCCGGUUGCUGGGAGGAAGCCAGAGUCCUGCAGCAGCGCCUCAUCGAGCCCAACGCCGCCGUGACCAGGAAGUUGGGAGUUCCCGCCCUCAAGCAGGCCAUGGAGUGGUUCGGUUUCCACGGCGGCGCCUGUCGAUCACCUCUGCAACCGCUCACAGAGGCCGAAACCCAGCAGCUGAGGCGGGACUUCUCCUCCAACGGCUGGCUGUGAGGUGUGUGUGUGUGUGUGUGUGUGUGUGUGUGUGUGUGUGUGUGUGUGUGUGUGUGUGUGUGUGUGUGUGUCUUCACUUUACCUGGAAACCUUUCAGCUGUUCAGUCCUCACAUCUGUCCGUGUGAUACAGGAUGAAAGGGGAACACAGCAAGAUAAUAAAUCUGCUGCAGCCUCUCGGCUCCACGUAAACAUCAACAAGCCAAUCAACCCUUUCUGUUUGAAUUAAAUAAACAUGUCACUCAAAUCACUGUUGCUAAAAGCAUUUAUUUAAAAAUCAUAUAUAUCGUAUAUCUGUGGUUUUGUCACAGAAAAAAAAACCUGAAUCACAAAUUCAAACUAAUUAAUACAAGUUCAAAGUUGCUUUUGGAGGAACGAUUGUAAUUUAGAUGAUGGAUCGAUCGGUGUGGUGACAACACAACCACAGCUCAUGUCAGACUGGAUGAUUAGAAAAAACACAAUAACCAGCUGUUGUCAACCAAUCAGAACAGAUAACUGGUCGUCUGUGUUAUUGUUAAAGAAAGAAAGUUGUUAUUCAUUCUUCUAUUUACUACUAAACUCUAUAUUGAUUUGUUUUGACAAUAAAAUUUCAUUUCACCUUAA